GAUCAAUCAAUUAAACUUCAAGAUAUAACCGAGUUAAUCAAAAUAUGGAGAUUUUGAAACGCGUCCUCUUUGCAUUACUUGUUGGUUUUUAUAUAGCUACAAUAGCUUUUGCACAAAACGAUCAAUCAGGAUUCAUAAGCAUUGAUUGUGGAUUACCAGCAGGUUCUAACUAUACUGACAUAAGAACAGGCAUAUCUUACGUUUCAGAUGAAGGUCAUGUCAGUGGUGGAGUAAGCCAUAGCAUAUCACCUAUAUACCAAUCCAAUUCCCUAGAAAAGCCGUUCUUCACAGUUACAAGCUUUCCUUCUGGGACAAAAAACUGCUACACUCUAAGCCCAUCUCAAGGGAGUUUGGGCAAAUACUUAAUCAGGGCUAGUUUUUUCUAUGGAGAUUAUGAUGGAAGUGGCCAAUUACCAAUUUUUGAUAUUUACCUUGGAGAAGAUUACUGGGACACUAUCAUAAUAUCUAAUGCUUCUAUACCGUAUUGGACGGAAGUUAUACACACCCCCUCCAAUGACUACAUAACUGUUUGCCUUGUCAAAAGAGAUACUACAACUCCUUUUAUUUCAGCCUUAGAGUUAAGGCCAUUGAAUAUUACCAUAUACCCAACGCUAAGUAAAUCACUGAAACUUUUCGUACGUGAGAACUAUGGCUCCUUAACCAAUCAACUCAUUAGGUACAAAGAUGAUGCAUAUGAUAGAAUUUGGGUACCAAUUCCAUCGGAGAAUGCGGGAAUUCUUAGUACAACACAAGACGUAGUUGAAAACAGUUAUAAGGUACCAUCGGCGGUAUUGAGCACGGCUGUGACACCGCUGCCCUUCCAGUUGACGCCUGGCAAUAUCAGCGACAAGUAUUACAUAUACCUGCACUUCGCCGAAGUUGAAGAAUUGCUGGGGACACAAACAAGGGAAUUCAACAUUUAUAUUAAUGAUAACCUCUUUUAUGGACCUUUGUCUCCGGCAUAUUUGUCGACCACAACGGUAUACACAUUGUCUCCGGGCUAUGGUUACGAACGGUACGAUAUUGUCAUUAACAGUACUGCCACUUCUACUCUUCCACCACUCAUUAAAGCUCUCGAAAUUUAUAGAGAGAUAUAGUUAGCUAGAAAACCAGAAUAUAUAUUAACAAUCCGUCGGCUGUGGUGUGGAAUGAGAUAAAGCAAUUUUUCAUCGAGGAAAUCGAAGGUCGAGAUGGAAAAUUUUUGGGCUGUACAUGUUCUCGUUGUACCUAUCUUUUUUCACUUUCUCAUUAUCUACACUGAAUUGA